AUGCUUUUCCGAACCAUUGCUUCUGUCGCUCUCCUGGCUUGCGCCAGCAACGUUGCUGCCGAGCCCCAGCCUUACAAGCUGGUCAAGGCACCCGUUGAGGGUCUCAGCCUCGCUCGCCGUUCUACUCCCGGAUACCAGCCUGAUCAGUCAGUCUGUGGUGGCGGCGGUAACACUUGCGCUGAUGCUUGUGGUGCUGGUUACGAGUCUUGCCCUUCUGAGGAUGAAUCUACCCACUGUUUCAACCCUACUGUUAAGCAGUCUUGCUGCUUUGACGGCACUGGAAACUCUUGCGACGCGGGUUACUACUGCUCUCAUGACACCAAGGCCCAGACCUGGUGUUGCCCUGAAUCUAUGGAUCUUGCUCAGUGUGCCAAGGCGUACGGCGUUAAGGACGGCCUCAAGACUGAGAAGCUCAUGACCUCCACCGCUGCUCCCACCGUUGCUACUACCACUGCUGCUCCCACCACCACCUCUGCCCUAGAGACCACCUCGACAACUGUCUACAUCACCAGCACCUCUCUUGCCAGCACCGAGCCUGCAACCACCACCAAGUCUGUUGUCGCUAAGACCACAACCAAGGCUGCUAAGACCACCGUUGUCGCCCCUAGCUCUGGCUACAGCACGGCUUGGAGUGGUUCCAACAGCACCAUCGCCACUGCCGCGCCUACUCAGCCGUCUGAAUCCGCUCCUGGCUCUGCUGAGCCUUCCACCAUUAGCAGUGGUGCUUCCCUCACCGGCGUGAGCGCCAUGCUCCUCGCUGCUGCUGGCUUCUUCGCCCUUCUCUAA